UUUUUCAUUCUUUUCAAAGCACAAACUCACAUUCACAAAUCAACUCGAAAAAGAUCGAAGAAGAGAGACUCAGAAAUGGCUUCUACCUCCGCUGUAGCAUCGGUCAUGCCACUCACCCAAAACCGAUCAUCUUCGGCGAAAACCAUUGCUUUUCUCAAGCCACUGCCUUUGAAACCAUCUAAGGCGUCCUCCUUCUCCGUAGCCAUGCCUUCACGGAAGUUUCAAGUGAAUGCGUCUAACCUGAAGAUGGAGAAGGCUGUGAGCGGCUUAGCAGCGGCAGCUCUCACCGUUUCCAUGGUGAUCCCUGAGGUGGCUGAAGCGGCAGGUUCAGGUAUCUCUCCUUCUCUCAAGAACUUUUUGCUUAGCAUUGCCGCAGGAGGCGUGGUGCUCACGGUCAUCAUCGGUGUUGUUGUUGGUGUCUCCAACUUUGAUCCUGUCAAGAGAGGCUAAGAGAGAGAGAGAGAGAGAGAGAGAGAGAGAGAGAGAGAAAGAGAAAUGAUCUCUGUUAUUACUCUUUGUUGUCUGUUAUCGAUUUGUGAAUGCAUGUAAUGAACUUUUGGCAUUCUUCUUCAAUCUUAUAUGCUUCUUAUAUUAA